GGCUGUAAGCGCAUGCGCCAGGCGGGGAAGAUGGCGGCCUCCAUGUUGGGCUGGGCGCUGCGGGCCGCUCGGCAGAUAUUCCCCUUGCCCUGUAGAGGGCAAGUGCGGGGUUACUACGUGGACUGGAGAAUGCUGCGUGAUGUAAAGAGACGGAAGAUGGCUUAUGAAUAUGCAGAUGAGAGGUUGCGAAUCAACGCUCUCCGAAAAAACAACAUCUUGCCUAAAGAACUGCAGGAAAUAGCUGAUAAAGAGAUUGCUGCCCUGCCACGUGACAGCUGCCCUGUGAGGAUCCGGAAUAGAUGUGUCCUGACAUCCCGUCCACGAGGCGUGAAGCGGCGCUGGAGGCUUAGUCGAAUUGUUUUCCGCCACCUGGCUGACCACAGUCAGAUGUCUGGGAUACAGAGAGCUAUGUGGUAAAUCACCACCAGGACUUGUUUGCUCAGUCAAAAAGAGGCAAACUGGGCCUAGUUCAGGCAUUCCUGUAACUGAAAAAGCAAGACUGUCCUUUUUGUUUAAAGUCCUGCAUAAACGUAACAAACAAGUAGGGGGAGGGGGUAGAGAGGAUGCAAACAGCAGUCAUUGCAGUUCUGUUACUGGGAUACCACUGUGAGGGGACUACUGCAAAUCUGAUGGCGAAGAGAUGUGAGUAGGGGCGAGUAAGAAUGCGCCAAGCCAGGCUGUGCUAAAGGCAGUUUCAUUUUGCCAUGAAGAGUUGCUACCCUGUUAUAAAACCAAGCUAGGAUUUGUAAUUAAAAGGAACAUUUAAAUUAAAAACACAUUACAGUACAGA